GCUGAGCUUUUAACACAAACACCUAUAUAUAUAUACAAAAAUUGAUAUACAGAUUAGAUCCAUUUGUUAUCGAAGAAGAAGGAAGAAGAAGGAGGAGGAGGAGACGAUAUGUCGCGAGAAAGAUUGAGAAGAGCCAAUCUACCUCCUGUUCAAGAGAAUAUUGACAAGUUGGAGAAAGUAAUAAAUGACGGUAAUUGCUACGGAGCACAACAGAUGUACAAGUCACUCAGUUCGCGAUAUUCAUCUGCGGAGAGAUAUUCUGAAGCUUUGGAUUUACUUCAGUCAGGUGCUUGCCUUCAACUGAAACAUGGCCAGGUAACUUGUGGAUCAGAGCUUGCUGUGAUGUUUGUUGAGACACUUGUUAAGGGAAAAGUUCCUUACAAUGAUGAUUCACUUGAUCGUGUCAGGAAAAUCUACAAGAUGUUUCCUCUAGUUCCUCUGCCGCAAAACUUGGGGGACUUAGGGGAUGAUGAUGCUGAUGUGCAACAACUCAGUGAAGCCAUUGGGGCAGCAAAAACACGUGUAGAAUGCUGCUCCUCUUUCUUAAAAGCUGCUAUUAGGUGGUCUGCAGAGUUUGGAGCUCAUAAGAUGGGAUCCCCACAACUACAUGUUAUGCUAGCUGAAUAUCUAUUUUCUGAAUCCCCUGAGUUGGACAUGGCUAGAAUAACAUAUCAUUUUGUUCGAGGUGAUGACCCCAAGAAGUUUGGAUCUACUAUAGUCAAUUUUAUGGGCAAGUGUUAUCCUGGUGAAGAUGAUCUGGCUAUUGCACGGGCAGUUCUAAUGUAUUUGGCCAUGGGUAAUUUGAGAGAUGCUAAUUGCAUGAUGGAUGAGAUAAAGAAACAAGUGGAAUCUAGAAAGAUUGAGCUUCCUAAAUCAGAUUUAAUGCGAUAUGUCAACUAUCUUUUGCCCACGUUGCAGAGAGAUUCUUUGCCUCUUUUUAAUAUGUUGAGAGUGAGUUACAAGGCAACUUUAGACAAGGAACCUGUAUUCAAUGAGUUGCUUGAUGAAAUUGCAGAGAAGUUUUAUGGAGUCCCACGUAGAAAUCCCCUGCAAGGAAUGUUUGGAGAUAUUUUCAAGAUGAUGUAAUCUCACCAAUGUGAAGAGGGUUUCAAUCUCUUGAGACAAUUGACAGUACCUCCUGCAAUUCAAUUUUUGAUGUUUGUUUAAAUGGAGUAAUUCAUUAUUAGUUUGGUCUGUUUCUGAUAGCUGUAUUAUCAUUUUUUUUUUUGAACAACAGUAUUUCUUAUAAUUAAACAAUUGGGUAUAGAUUCCCUAUUCUGGUUUGCUAUUUGUAAUCUUGAAUUGGGUGGAAAGCUUGUGUUUUCCCACAAUUUUUUUUUAUGCCCAGCAUUUGCUAGAUUUCUCUUA